UUCAACAUAUAUUCGAGCGGUAUUAAAUUAGAGUUUAACAGUACUGAGUCAGACGACUUGUAGCGUCCAUCUGGCACUGAGAUUGAUUAAAACAGCGUCGUUUUGGUCAUUUUUGGUAUGUUGUGGUUGCUAUGAAAUGACCAAAACAACGUCGUUUUAGUUAGUUCUAGUGCCACAUGGACGUCACAUGUCGUCUAACACAAUUUUGUUAAACUCCGAUUUAAAAUUAUUUGAACAAAUGUUGAAAUUGACAACAUUUCAUAUAGUUCAGGUAGAAAAUUUGAAUUUUAACAACGUUCAGAUUGUUAUUUACAGAAUACUAAAGUUUAGAUAUGAAAAAGCGUUCCGGAAAUAGUUGAGGUUGAUUUUGGCCAUUUUCCUUAAUACUAUACAACAAACAUAAUAUGUUUAAGAACAUCAUACAUGGCUAGGCCCACUUUAUAUUCUGUUAGGCCCAAUCAUUUCGUUCUCAGAUAUAUAUCUCCACCGAUCAAAGAGCUUCAUCAUAAUCUUCUUCACCACCAAAAUGGCGUCAUCAUCAUCGAGAAAGUACGAGACACGAAAGCGAGUUCCAAAUCCAAAAAACGCAGCUCUUCUCGUCAUCGACAUGCAAAAUCACUUCUCCUCCAUGGCCAAACCCAUACUCAACGAAGCUCUCACCACCAUCGACCUCUGCCGACGAGCUUCGAUCCCUGUCUUCUUCACGCGCCACAACCACAAGUCCCCAACCGACCACGGCAUGCUCGGCGAGUGGUGGAACGAGGAUCUAGUCCUCGACGGAACCUCGGAUUCCGAGAUCAUCCCGGAGUUACACUCCCAAAUAGUACUCACCAAACCAGAGGAGAUCGUGGAGAAGAGCACGUACAGCGCGUUUCACAACACGCGGCUACAGGAAAAGCUGGAAAAGAUCGGGGUGAAGGAGGUGAUCGUGGUUGGAGUGAUGACGAACCUGUGCUGUGAGACAACGGCUCGUGACGCGUUCGUUAGAGGAUAUAGAGUUUUUUUCUCUACGGACGCGACUGCGACGGUUAAUAAAGAGCUUCACGAGGCUACGCUGAUGAAUCUCGCUUAUGGAUUCGCUUAUCUCGUCGACUGCGAUGAACUCCGGCGAGGUCUGUCUACUCAGUAGUUGAUAAAUGAUAACUACGUCUACGUAUAUUGAGGAUAAGUCUCUAAUUUGAGAUAAGGUUUAGGGGUUUUUGUGAUAAGGCUUAUAAGCCUAAGUUUGUGUUGUCCGUGUUUAUCUUAUUCUGUUCGUGUUUAUCUUAUUUUCUCAUUGUAUUGUGUAUAAAUACCCAAGUUUGGGCAGUCAAUAAAAUCAAGUCAGUUCGAUA